UUUGUUAAUUUCAUAUUUAUUGGAAUAAUUAUUAUGGAAAAUCCAUUGCAUUUAAAGUCAUUAAAUCACAUAUCAAUAGUCUGUAGAUCACUUGAAAAAUCUCUUGAUUUUUACCAAAAUAUUCUUGGAUUUUUUCCAAUUAGAAGACCUGGUUCUUUUAAUUUUGACGGAGCUUGGUUGUUUAAUUAUGGAAUUGGCAUACAUCUUUUGCAAUCUGAAGAUCCAGACAAUAUGCCCAAGAUUGACAUCAUUAAUCCUAAGGAUAAUCACAUUUCCUUUCAGUGUGAGAGCAUGACAAUGGUAGAAAAUAGGCUAAAAGAGAUGGAAACAGAGUAUAUCAAAUGCAGAGUUGAAGAAGGUAACAUCUACGUUGAUCAAAUAUUUUUUCACGAUCCCGAUGGCACGAUGAUCGAGAUCUGUAACUGCGAUAACUUGCCGGUGAUUCCACUUUCCGGUGGUGAAACAGUUCUCCGGCCAUGCUCAACUCUCCACUGCACCAUGCAGCAGAACAAAAUUCAACAAAUGGUCUAGUUGGAAAAAGAAAUCGUUAAAAAAGGAGCAUGAAAAUGUUUUCCUUCGUAUCGAAUUCGCGCUUGGUGUUAACCUUUUUUGUAUUUUUAUGUAUCAUAGUAAGUGAGUGCAAUUAUUUUUUGUCUUGUUUUUGUUUUACAUUUGAAAGUGUUAAAAAUUUCAAUAAUCUACGUGUUUUUUCAAGGUAA